AUGAAAGUGAUAGGCGCCGGUCAAGGUCGUUUCGGCAUCACUUUCACUGGCUUAGGCCUGGUUAUUAACUUAGCGGUUCACGAGAUGAUACUGACGUGUACAUUACUGUUGUGUGCUGCGGCGCUGAGCAGUUGUGACGUGCUGCACCUACAGCAAGAGCAGCUCACUACCAGUACGGAGGGUCCGCCAAAACCUUACGCGUUCUCAUACACAGCUGGACGUUUCCCUGGACACACGGACAGACAACAUGCUGAGGUUAGCGAUGGAAGUGGCGUCGUUAGAGGUACAUUCUCAUACGUCGACCCACGUCAGAAGGUUCGCACCGUGGACUAUGUAGCGGAUCGUGAGGGUUUCCACCCGGUAUUGAGCGAUCCCCUACCAGAACACCCAACCGAUUCAGAAUCCGUUGCUCGCGCUAAGGACCGUCACUUCCAGCUGUAUGCUAAAAUUGCUGAGGAGCACGCACAACAUCCUUAUCCUGAUGAAACGUCAGUGCCCCGUCAAUCUGAGGCUGUAGCAGCUGCAGCAGCAAAACACGCGAACCUGUUUCGCGUGAUCGCCGAGCAGCAUGCCCGCAUCGCAGCUGAGAGGGAAGCUUUGCAACAGGAGGAACAGCAGAGGCUGCUACUAGAGCAGCAGGAAGAAGACGGACAUCUACUACACUAA